GCUUCUACUGUUAGUUGCCCAUAGCUUAACUCGGGCUGGCAAUUGAAACCCGCCGCAAUUCUCGAGCAGCCCCGCAUUGGCGCACGAGAGAGACACCCAGGAUGUAUAUUACUUGCCGCUGCUUCUUCUGUACAGGACAGGCCGACGACAACAAUAAAGCAACCUGAAGCCGGAGGGGAAAAAGAAAGAGAGAAGGGGGGAAAGGGGAACAACCCGAGAAGGAUUGAGGGCCGCGCAGCACGCGACACACGGCACCCGCACCCACAGUCGCCAUGGACUCGCGAAGUACGCAGGAUGCCGGCUCAGUUGCAGGGUCCGACACAUGUGCGAAACCCAGACUGCAGCUUCCGCCGAGCUGCGACCCGCCCCAACCUGGGGCGCCAACGAAGCAGCUCGUCUGGAUCGUCUUUGGCGGCACCGGACACAUGGGGCGGUCGGUGGUCAAGAGCGCGCUGAGCCACGGCGACCUGGUGACGACGGUGGGCCGGGUGUUUGAGUCGACGCCCGAGUCGAUGGUGCAGCAGAACGACAACUGCCUGGGCAUGCUCUGCGACAUGCGGGCGAAGGAGUCGGUGGCGCACGUGAUCCAGAAGACGCUGGAGCGGUUCGGGCGUAUCGACUGCAUCGCGAACUGCUCGGGCUACGGCGUCAUCGGGUCGUGCGAGGACCAGGACGACUACGAGGUGCGCAACCAGUUCGAGACGAACUUCAUGGGCACCCUGCACAUCAUCCAGUGCACCCUGCCCUACUUCCGCCAGCAGAACGCGGGCCGGUACCUCGUCUUCAGCUCCACGUCGGGCGCGCUGGGGGUCCCGGGCCUGGGCCCCUACUGCGCGACCAAGUACGCGGUAGAGGGCCUGAUCGAGGCGAUGCUGUACGAGAUCGACUCGUUCAACGUCAAGGCGACGCUGGUCGAGCCGGGCCUGGUGCGGCGCGACGAGCCCGACUCCAAGACCAACCCGCUGCCGACGUGGGGCCACUUCUUGAUCAAGCCGGCGUCGGAGGCGUACGCGCACGCGACGUCGCCGGCCCUGCACGCCAAGCGCAUGGUGCAGUGGCUGGGCGAGAGGCAGCCGACGAGCGCGGUCAAGUGCGCCGAGCUCAUCUGGCAGCUGGGCCACUGCUCGUACCCGCCGCUGCGCCUGCUGCUCGGCAGCUACGCCAUCGAGAGCAUCCGCGACCGCCUGAGGUCCGUCACGGAGGAGCUCGAGGACUGGAAGCACCUGCACUUCCCGGCCCCCGACGUGCCCGGCGCCGACAAGGGGGACGACGACAACAACGGCAGCGGCAAGGGCGGCGGCGGCGGGGACGGCAAGGGGGACGAUGGCGGCAAGGGCGGUGGCGUGGACGGGGAGGAGAGGGAGAUCAAGCUGGAGGGGGACGACGAGAGGGAUGCUGGGGACGAGAGGGAGGAGAGGGAGGAUGAGGAAAUGGCCGAUGCCGCGAGUCCCAGCCCGGCAGAUACGGGGGCGAAUUAGGUGUCGUUGGCAGUCAUUAUUAUGUGCU